CAUCGCCCACUUUUAUUUUGAAGUACGAACGACCCGGAAAUCUCUUUUCUUCUUCUUUGGUCUUUUCCUGCUGUGCACGGAACGGUCGUCAUCAUGGCGCAGGCAAUACAGAAACUCGUUGCUAAAGUACCUACUGCUGUCGGUGCCGCUGUCACAUACUCCAGACCCCGACUAGCGACCUUUUGGCGUUAUGCCCGUGUGGAGCUCGUCCCACCUUCACCUGCCGAGAUCCCCAAGGCGAUAGAGGCCGCCUCGGGCCUCAUCAAGAGCUUCCAGGCUGGACGCCUGGGGCAGACCACAGUGAAGGAUGCCUUGAGAAAUGGACUCGUGGCAACUGAGGUGCUGAUGUGGUUCUACAUUGGAGAGUGCAUCGGCAAAGGAGGCAUUAUUGGAUAUGAUGUCUGAAUAAUGCACUUCUCUUUCUUCAUUUGCACUUCUAAUUGACACAUUCUCAACAAACUGCACCACAUCUUCCAAUAAACAAAUGUCUGUAGUCAGAUGAG